CGAGACAGUCGCUCAAUGAUAGCUGUGCUGGAGUGAUGUCACAAGUCUUCUCAGGUUUAGAAGCGCUGGUGGUGCUGGUGGUGCUAGCAUCGUGUGGCGUCUCAUGCCCCACCUCCUGCGACUGCCCCUCAAUCAGCGAGGCGGUGUGCUACUCCAACCCGGCCCCAGGCAGGCUGCCCAGCGGGCUGCCAACAGGUAUCACGUCCCUUGUGCUGGGACACGCCAACCUCAGCUACCUCGCCAACGACACCAUGAGCGCCGUGCGCACACUACAACGACUCGAGCUGCGGGACGUUAGGCUGAAGUGGGUGCAGGCAGGGGCCUUCCACGCCCUCGCUAGCCUUCAGACCUUAGGCCUCCAGGACAACUUCUUGGAUUAUUUGGAGCCCAACAUGUUCCUUGACAACCCUCGACUGUGGUUCCUGGAUCUGAGUGGAAAUGACCUUCAUGUGGCCAACAACUCAGUCUUUCUCAUCUCGCUGUCUCUGCGAGAGCUAAACGCCAGUCGCUGUCGCUUGGACUACCUACCCGAUCAGGCCUUCCAGGGACUACUUGAGCUGCGUGUGCUACACCUUGAGGGCAACUACCUCCACUUCCUGCACAUGCGCAUGCUGUCGCCACUGCUGCAGCUUACACAUAUUUACCUGCAGGACAACAGGAUAAACAGCCUGCGGAACACCCCAGCAGCAUCGCCAGCUCCAUUAUUGUCGCACAUGGACCUGAGCGGGAAUCUGCUGACCACGGUGAACACAGAUGCUGUUGGAGUGGCUGGUGCCCUCAGGCAGCUACUAAUGCUAAGGAACCCCCUGGUUUGCGACUGUCGCCUGGCACCGGCCCGCUCCUGGCUGGAGGCACGCGGUAUCGAGGCGCCCGGUCACUGUGCCGCCCCGCUACACCUGGUGGGGGUCGACUGGCGUGGCGUCCACGAGCCGGCCUGCAGCACUGGCGCCCUGACUCCCGGGCACAGCCGGCCACCUGCAGCGCUCGCAUCUGCCGAGCAGGGGCUGGCUCAGUCCGCAGCUGUGCUCGCAUGCUUCAGUGUUCUACUGCUUGUAUAGAUGUCUUAGCUUACAUGUUGCUACAAUGUUGCCAAAACAAUUCAUUUAAACCAAGGUGAACUUGCGCAUGUCACUCGUAUUUAUGAAUAAAUAUUUGUCAAUUA